CAGACAGAAAAGGGGGAAGUAUAGGGUCCGAUCCGGCACAAGGAACUCCUCCGCGCCGCAUCCAAACAGAUCCACACCCGAAAUCCCCGAAACCCUCGCCGGCGACCAUGGGGCAGGGCACGCCGGGCGGCAUGGGCAAGCAGGGCGGCGCGCCGGGCGACCGGGGCAAGCCGGGCGGCGACGGCGACAAGAAGGACAAGAAGUUCGAGCCGCCCGCCGCGCCGUCCCGGGUCGGCCGCAAGCAGCGCCGCCAGAAGGGGCCCGAGGCGGCCGCCCGCCUCCCCGGCGUCGCGCCGCUCUCCAAGUGCCGCCUCCGCCUCCUCAAGCUCGACCGCGUCAAGGACUACCUCCUCAUGGAGGAGGAGUUCGUCGCCGCGCAGGAGCGCCUCCGCCCCACCGAGGAGAAGACGGAGGAGGACCGCUCCAAGGUCGACGACCUCCGCGGCACCCCCAUGAGCGUCGGCUCCCUCGAGGAGAUCAUCGACGAGAGCCACGCCAUCGUCUCCUCCUCCGUCGGCCCCGAGUACUACGUCAGCAUACUCUCCUUCGUCGACAAGGACCAGCUCGAGCCAGGAUGCUCCAUCCUCAUGCACAACAAGGUUCUUUCUGUGGUUGGAAUUCUGCAAGACGAAGUUGACCCUAUGGUAUCUGUGAUGAAAGUUGAGAAAGCUCCACUAGAAUCAUAUGCAGACAUUGGAGGGUUAGAUGCUCAGAUUCAAGAAAUAAAGGAGGCGGUUGAGCUUCCGCUGACCCACCCUGAGCUAUAUGAAGACAUUGGAAUAAGGCCACCCAAGGGGGUCAUAUUAUAUGGAGAACCUGGAACAGGGAAAACUCUACUUGCCAAGGCUGUUGCUAACUCCACAUCUGCAACUUUCUUACGUGUCGUUGGAAGUGAACUUAUUCAGAAGUACCUUGGCGAUGGUCCAAAACUAGUUAGAGAACUAUUUAGAGUGGCGGACGAGCUUUCCCCCUCGAUAGUCUUCAUCGACGAGAUCGAUGCAGUUGGAACAAAGAGGUAUGACGCUCAUUCAGGAGGGGAGCGUGAGAUUCAGAGAACUAUGUUGGAGCUGCUGAACCAGCUAGAUGGUUUUGAUUCGCGUGGAGAUGUUAAAGUUAUUCUAGCUACAAAUCGCAUUGAAAGUCUUGAUCCAGCCUUGCUUCGCCCUGGCCGAAUAGACCGAAAGAUAGAAUUCCCUCUUCCAGACAUUAAGACUAGGCGGCGCAUCUUCCAGAUACACACGGCGAAGAUGACAUUGUCAGAUGAUGUGAACCUGGAAGAGUUUGUCAUGACUAAGGAUGAGUUUUCUGGUGCUGACAUCAAAGCAAUAUGCACCGAAUCUGGCUUGCUUGCUUUGAGAGAGCGUAGGAUGAAGGUGACGCACGCCGACUUCAAGAAGGCAAAGGAGAAGGUCAUGUUCAAGAAGAAGGAAGGCGUGCCGGAGGGGCUUUACAUGUGAUGAAUUGUGCACCGGUCUUCACUACCAGAAUGAUAUUGUGUAGUGAUAAUAUAUUUGGUAUCGCGGGAUAUGUUUCCCUGGUUUGGAGAAUAUAGGCGCAAAUUUGUUUGUAACAUUUUCUUCGCCUGAAUGGUUGGAUAAUUGAAUAGUUUGUUGUACUACGAUCUGUUGACUCCUUUCUUCCGAAGUAUUGAAUCAUAAGCUUAAAUCGCAAUGGCCAGUCAUUAAAACCGUGGCA